AUGAUUAUAAGAAAAGCUGCAGCCACUGGGGGUUCUGUUCUCAAUGUUGCUGCUCUGUUGGCAUCAGGAACACAAGUGACUCCUCAGAUAGCUAUGGCAGCUCAAAUGGCAGCCCUGCAAGCUAAAGCCUUGGCGGAGACCGGUAUAGCUGUACCUAGCUACUAUAACCCAGCUGCUGUGAAUCCAAUGAAGUUUGUUGAGCAAGAGAAAAAGAGGAAAAUGCUCUGGCAAGGCAAGAAAGAAGGCGACAAAUCUCAGUCUGCUGAAAUAUGGGAAAAAUUGAAUUUUGGAAACAAGGACCAAAAUGUCAAAUUUAGGAAGUUAAUGGGCAUUAAGAGUGAAGAUGAAGCUGGCUGUAGCUCAGUUGAUAAAGAAAGUUACAAGACUCUGAAGCAACAAGAAGAAGUUUUUCGAAAUCUUGAUGCUCAGUAUGAAAUGGCAAGAUCACAAACCCACACACAAAGAGGAAUGGGUUUGGGUUUCACCUCUUCAAUGCGUGGAAUGGAUACAGUUUGAAAAAUAACAAUUUGGGACUUUAUAGACUUGUUCUGAUGUCAGGUCCUUGUUCACCAAACAGCUAGUAUUCUAGCUUGCAUGGGUGUUGCAUUGACUUUAAUUUAUUGAAAAAUACGAUUUUUUUGUAAAUAUCAGAUCAGUGAUACUGGUGUUAGUGUUGUAAUCAGGUUAAACCCACUUCCAUUAAACUUGACAGGACUAUAGAAGGACAAUAUUUUUUAGUUCAUGAAUUCUACUUUUCAAAUAUAUUAAAGCUUCGGGUGGGAUAAAAUCUCAUACAUAGAUUUUUCUCGUGUCCGCUGUCUUGUGUACUUUUGUACUUAACCUUGUACAGUUAUUUUCAUCUCUUGACGCAUAAAAGAAAUGUUAUGUAGAUGUUCUUUAGAAGAUCUGGCCAUUUGGUACAUAAUCUGCACACACAAGCUGAGCAGUGAUAAUAAAAAUGGUUUUCUCAAAAAAAAAGAAAA